AGGUCUGUGGGAAUAUUUGAAGUUGAACUUAAGAUUAUUCUAUAGUCUGUGGUUAGCUGCUCACCCAAUAACUGAAAGUGAUUUACGUCAAUAUUUUGAAGGUUAGAAUUCUCCGUAAAAUAAAUUUAACAUUUAAAUUGAAUAGAAGCCUUUACAUAAAAUCUUAAUACUUAAAAAUGGAUUCCUUAUCUACCGGAUCACUAAGUGGAGCGCAAAAAGAAGAGUUAAUGGACCAGGUUAAGCAACAAAUAGCGAUAGCGAACGCGCAAGAACUCCUGACGAAAAUGUCUGAGAAAUGUUUCAAGAAGUGUAUCAAUAAACCUGGCACAGCGUUAGAUAACUCAGAACAGAAAUGCAUAGCAAUGUGCAUGGACAGGUACAUGGAUUCUUGGAACCUUGUCUCUCGAACUUACAGCAGUCGAAUCCAAAGAGAAAGAAACAAUAUGUAAAAUUUCUUUCCGGAAGUGUUAAGCUUAUGCUGUGUAUAUAUAGAUAUUGUAGUAAAGGGCACGUUAAAAUUGUGAGUUGCGUCUGAUACUUGUUGUGUUUAAUAAAAAAAAUAGGUUA